UGGGUACCUACAGCUGGGGAUCUGCAGCACUGGCAUGGUUGUACCGGUGCAUGUGCCGAGUGGCGAACAGACAUGUGGUCAAGUUAGCGGGCCCACUACAGCUACUUCAGUCUUGGAUCUUCUGGCGAUUUCCUCGGUUUAGGCCUGCAGGGUAUGAGACGUUCAGCUGGCCAUUGGCCUCGAGGUGGUCAGGUUACAACCCUUCCGGUAGCAAGAAGGGUCCUAGAGUGCAGAUGUGGAGGCUGAGGAUAGACUGGUUACAGGAUAGGGAGGUGAGUACGCUACUUAAUAAGUUUCUUUAUUUAACCACACUUUAUGAGUUGGGUCCAUGAGUUGCCCUGACAAUGGAGAGUUUUCCGUGCAGUUUAUUUGGAUGCCGUACAGCAGCCCCGACGUACUUCAGGUUGUGCAUCCGGAGGCUUUGGAGCCUCGGCAUAUGGCGUUGUCGUGGUCUGUGACGUCGCUGAUCUACUUUGCCGUCAUAGAGUGGCAUCAGAUAGAUAGGGUGCUUCCGCAGUUCGGAGGUGUGCAGCCCCGUCCGAAUCCCGCCCUGAACAUCGACUUUCUGAUGUCGAAGGACGGCAGAGGCGGUGAUCGAUGGUUCCCAUACCAUUUGCAGAAGUGGCAUCUCUAUUGGGACUCCCGUGUGGAGACCGUGCUGAGGUUUGAUGUUGUUGCCGACCCUGGACCGUCGCAUGAGUUCCUCGAGUGGUGGAGUCAGCAUGGAAAGAGGUUCUUGUCUGCGGAGAUGCACUUGGGGGAUCCAAGAGCCGUUCCUAUUCCAGUUGAGGCCUCACAGCGGGGUGCUGGGCGAGUUCUUGACAUGGAUCGUCCUGAGGACGUGCCGGACAGGCGGCGGGUUGAGAGGAGAGCUCGUGUUGGGACACGACGGAGCCAGCGUGACUGGAGGUGGCUAGAGCAUGCUAUGGACGAGGACGACGAUGCGGGUCCCGCUGGAGGCGGACGACGAGGCCACGGAGGGAGACGGAGAGGGCGUGGUGCGGCAGACCACCGUGGUCGUGACCCUGACGACAAUGACGACGAUCAGCAUGGGCCCGUGGGCGGGGAUGGUGCAGGGACUGUUGCAGUUGCUGGUGUUAGUACCCACGAUGGCGGACAUGGAGGUGAGUGAUAUGGGUCAGGUAUGGGUGACGGGGCUAACCCUGGUGACGCUGGACUCGGGUCAGGGCUUCUUGGAGAUUACU